AUGCCCAGUCACCACAGCGCCUCAAUGCCCCCAGUGCACUCCGCGCCACCCGCGCGUCGUCGUCGUCCACGCAGCGCGCGAGCGCGGCGGCGUGCGGCGCCACGGCAGCGGAGUGGCCUUGGUGGCGAAGCCGAAGCGCGGCCGGUCGUGGAGCCCUUCUUCUUCAACAACGCCAGUACCUGUUCCGAUCAGCAUCCCGGAAGAACUACCUUCGUUCCGCGAAGGUCGGCUGGGCUGGGUGCCAUGUUUCGGGUCAAGUCAGACCGAACCGGGGAAAGGUAUGGCUUCGUUCGCCCUUGUUAG